UAAACGUCACAUUAGCUAACCGCUAGUGCUAGCAAACAGCGAGAGGGAAAUGUAAAACAAAAAUUAGCUUUUGAUGGAGUGCGAAACUGCGGAUAAAGUUUCUUUAACUGGUUUAAACGACUCCAUAUGUGAACAUGUCCUUCCCUGAAACAUCACUUGGUUAAAACAGUUCUAAUAGGUCCUGUAGAUGAUGGCGUUUCCUCAGGCCAAACCUCAGCCUCCUCAGCUUCCUCAGCAUCUUCUGAGGACCAUCGACUGUCACCAAGGAGCGGUCAGAGCCGUCCGCUUCAAUGUUGAUGGGAACUACCUGUUGUCCUGCGGCAGUGACAAAUCCCUAAAGUUGUGGAGCGUUGGCCGAGGGACGCUGCUGAAGACGUACAGUGGCCAUGGGUAUGAGGUCCUGGAUGCCGAUAGCUCCUAUGACAACAGCCAGCUUUGCUCCUGUAGUUCUGACAAAACGGUGAUUCUGUGGGAUGUUGCAACGGGUCAAGUCGCACGCAAACUCAGAGGCCACGCUGGGAAAGUUAACUGUGUGCAGUUUAAUGAGGAGGCAUCGGUCAUUUUAUCUGGCUCCAUAGAUGGUACAGUGAGAUGCUGGGACACCAGAUCCAGAAAAUACGAGCCAAUCCAGGUUCUCGAUGAGGCUCGCGACAGCAUUAGUAGCCUUAAAGUUGCACAGCACGAACUGCUCACUGGGUCUGUGGAUGGAAGAGUGAGGCGUUAUGACCUGAGAAUGGGACAGCUUCACGUUGACUUCAUCAGCAGUCCCAUCACAUGUGUGUGUUUCAGUCAGGACGGGCAGUGCACCCUGAGCUCCAGUUUGGAUUCAACAGUACGACUUCUGGACAAGAGCACUGGGGAAAUGUUGGGAGAAUACACUGGACACAAGAUGAAGGGCUACAAGUUGGACUGCUGCCUGUCCAAUAAAGACACCCACGUACUGAGCUGCUCUGAGGACGGACAUGUUUAUUGCUGGGACCUGGUGGAGGGAUCUUUGUCGCUAAAGCUGCCAGUGGGAAAAGCAGUGGUCCAGUCGCUGUCUUUCCACCCUAUAGAGACCUGCCUCCUCACAGCCAUGGAGGGCCGGGUUCAGGUGUGGGGGGCACAACCAGAGGAGGCAGAAGAUGAUACACUGGCCACUUAGAAAUGGACUUGAAUGUGACCCCUGUGUUUGGAGACGACCUUUUCUUUCUAUUAGAAAUAGAACAUUUUUCUAUUGAAAAAUUAAAAUAUUUAAACGUGA